CGCAGUUAUGGUGGGGCAACAGUCCAAAAUUAUGCAUGUCUCUGGCUCUUGGAGCGUUUUCUAAUAAUAAUACUACCAAGUCCAAAGAGAAAAAAUAGAAUAUGAUAUCUGAAGGAAAUGCAGAUAGAAAAUGGAGCGAGAAGAAAAUGGAAAAAGAAGAUGGUUUGAGGACAGUGGAAUGUCUAAGAGGAAGAUUGCUUGCAGAGAGGGCAGCUUCAAGAAAAGCAAAAGAGGAUGCUGAGCUUUUUGGAAACAAGCUGAUUGUGCUGGAGAAUAAGUUGAGAGAAGAGACUAGAUCAAGAAACAAAGCUGAGAAGAAGCUCAAUUUUUUUAUAAAGAAGCUCGAGGCAUUGAAUAUAUCUUAUGUUUCAGAUGAAUCAGAGCACUCUAGCUUAUUGGAUAAAAGUGAAAUUUCAUCUGUAACAUCCACAACUGUUAGCAACACCAAACUCUCUGAAGAUGAAGGACAAAAAUCCCAAUUUACAGGCUCUAUUGUCAGUGAGUUUGUAGAGUCAAUUGGUAGUAGAAAAUGUAGCUCUGAAAAUCUUGAGUAUCAUUCUCAAGAGCUCAUAUCCCAACAAUGUGAGAAAAAGGAGCUAAUUGAGAAGAGAAUUUCUCAAGAAAACUCAAUCAAUUUGGAGCAAAAUGCCACACAAAUGACUAUUUUUAUCAAAGAUGAUCACAGUCAUUCUAAGGUUGAACAAGAUCUUGGAAAAUCAAGUGAGCUUCAAAUCUCAAAUUCAGAUGUGAAUAGCUUAAAAUUUUCACUCAAAGAGCAAGGGAAAAAUGGAGAAGAUGAAACACGUCAGCAAGAGGAGAAUGUUGAUUAUUCUUUGGCAUUAGUUCCUGUGGAUUUGCCAAAGGAUACCAUUGAUCCAGUUGUUCUUGAUACUACUGUGAGAGAAGUUCUUGAUGCAUUAAGGCAUGCUAAAGAGAAACUUCAGACUCAGAUGGAGAGAAGAAGUAUGAUUAAAGUUGGCUAAUUUAUAUGACAGUUCAUUUAUGGCUUAAUUAGUAGAUGCCUAGUUGACAUUAGAAUUCUAAUUAUGCCCCAUUUUACCACAUUGGAGUAACAUUCUAGUUGUUAAGCAUGUAAGUUAAUCAAGAUUUGAGGUGGUUGAGGUUUAUUGUAGAGAUGGAUGUAUAGAACUAUAGAUAAUUAAGUAUCAACCCUGAUGAUAUUAUAUUA